AUGUCAUUUAAAACCAAUGCUACUAUUGCUCAGUUCGGCGGUCAAUUGUUGAAAUUGACUCACGAUUCAAAGGUUACCAAAACACCAAUGAAUGUCAAUGUAUUUAUCCCAUCUGUUAAAAAAGCGUCUAAACUACCAGUGCUAGUAUACCUUUCCGGUCUUACUUGCACUCCAGAUAACGCUAGUGAAAAGUCCUUUUUUCAAUACUUUGCAAGUAAAUUUGGGUUUGCUAUUGUUUUCCCUGAUACUUCUCCUCGUGGUGCCGACAUUGCUGGUGAGAAUGAUAGUUGGGAUUUCGGUACUGGUGCUGGUUUCUACGUUGAUGCCAUUCAAGAGCCUUGGUCCAAGAAUUACAACAUGUUUAGUUAUGUUCACAAAGAAUUGCCUGAAGAAUUAGCUAAGGCAUAUCCCCAGUUGGAUUUUGACAAUGUUUCGAUAACGGGCCAUUCUAUGGGUGGAAUGGGUGCCUUGGUUGGGUUUUUGAGACAACCAAGACCAUACAAGGCAGUUAGUGCUUUUGCACCAAUAGGUAACCCAAGUGUUGUUCAAUGGGGAGAAAAAAAUUUUGGAAACUAUUUGGGUGAAGAGAACAAGUCAAAAUGGGCAGAGUAUGAUCCAACUGAAUUGAUCAAAAAAUACAAGGGAGAUGAUAGUACACCAAUUUUGAUUCACCAAGGUUUAGGUGACAACUUUUACGAAGCUCAGUUGAAACCACAGAACUUUGUUGAUGCGGGAAAACAUUACAAGGGAGGCAUUGAUUUGAGAUUGGUUGAUGGUUAUGAUCAUCUGUAUUUCUUCAUUAGUUCAUUUGUGGAAGAACACGCUAAGCAUCAUGCUAGAUAUCUUGGAUUAUAA